UACGUAUGACUGUACUUUGAUUUUUUUUUUAAUGAAGUUGCAAACUACGGUAUAAAAAUAUGAAAAUCCCUUACAUUGGAAUUAUACAAACUUUAUACCUUGUAACCGAAAUUUUCGAAGGAGCAGAAUUUCAUAAUUGCAAAACACUAGUACUUGAAAAUGGAAGUGCUAGGUUACGAAUUAAGGGUCGUAUUGUUAGAUUUCGCUGUAAGAGAGGAUUCCAGCUUUACGGGGCGAAAGUGGCUGUCUGUAGAAAUGAAGAAUGGAGUUUCCCCGCGCCUGUCUGCGUUGCGGAAGGUGAAAAAUGCCCAAAUUUAAAGAAAACUAAAGAUAUGAUGAUAACCUCAAAGCUAAAGAACGGACUUUUGAUGUAUUCCUGCAAGCCUGGCUUAACGUUAACUGGAAAUAGUACUUUGUAUUGUGAUGGGUCUAAGUGGAGAGGUGAAAUACCACAAUGCAUAUAUGUGGAACCAAGGAAAUUUUGUGAUUUUGAGACAGCGGACUUGUGUGAUUGGAAACAAGAUGGAUCAGACACUUCCUAUUAUGACUGGUCACGAACUACAGCUGCCCAGAUAAAAAACUCUACUGGGACUGGACCCAGCUCAGAUCACACUUACCCAGACAAAGACACAGGUCACUAUCUAUUCAUGGAGGCUUCUAGGCCUACAAUGCCGGAGAAUUACACUACUCUAUUGUCACCACACUAUAAUCCGAUGGAAGCUGGUUUCUGCUUUGAAUUCUGGUAUCACAUGCUUGGACGAGACGGAGAAGAGAAUGUAGGCUCAUUGAAAGUUGGAAUAAAAGAUGUCAAUGCCAGCUCUUCUAAUUUAGACCCCGUAUGGAUUAUGUCUGGGAACCAAGGGGAUACCUGGCACAAAGGGUCUCUAGAAAUCGGAACAAGGACCUCCCGCUUCCAGAUUUUAAUUACCGGGACUCGUGGCGAUGACCGUCGCGGGGACAUUGCAAUUGAUGACGUUUCCAUCACCAACUGCACAUCUGGUAAACAAAACACUUAUUCCUUUGUCUGCACUUUUGCAUAGUUUAAGGCACAUAACUAGUAAUCAUAAAAAC